UUGUUACUAAUCUUCUCUUAUGAUUGAUUAUUUUUUCGAGUUUUAUUUGUUUGUAUUUAUUUUGUUCUUAAAAGAAACUCAAGGUAAUGUCUUUGGUUGUAGAACAACAAUCAAAUUUCAAACAUUUUUGUAGAAUUUGCAAGAAAGGAUUCAUGUGUGGAAGGGCAUUGGGAGGUCAUAUGAGGGCUCAUGGAAUAGGCGACGAGAGUGGUGUCCUUGAUGAUGAUGAUCCGGCUAGCGAUUGGGAGGACAAAGGUGGUAGUGGAGGAGUUAACACACCGCCGAGUAAUAAGCGUAUGUAUGCAUUAAGGACAAACCCUAAUAGGCUAAGAAGUACUAGAGUUUGUGAAAAUUGUGGGAAAGAAUUUUUGUCAUGGAAUACUUUCAUAGAACAUCAUGGUAAAUGUAACCCUAAUGAUGUUGAAUCCCCUUUGUCUUCGCCUGAAUCCGAUGGAGACGAUGUUGGUGGGAGGAGGGCCUCCGGAUGGUCUAAGAGAAAGAGAUCAUUUAGGACAAAAGUUGAGAAUUAUACACCUAAUUGCCCUUCUAGCGAGGAGGAAGACCUUGCAAACUGUCUUAUGAUGUUGUCUAAUGCCGCGGUAGACCCUAUGGUGGUGGAGCAGCUAGAUGAGUCUAGUGCUUCCGCGAGUAAGGAAGAAGAGAGGCGGCAUUCAAGUAGCUUCAUGGCUCCAUACAUGACAUCGCGAGGACCACUGCCUUUUGAUGUUAAGGCCAAAGGUGUGGCUAGUAAUAAUACUAACCCUAAAGGUUUGUUCGAGUGUAAGGCGUGUGGGAGAACGUUCACUUCUCAUCAAGCAUUAGGUGGUCAUAGGGCUAGUCAUAAAAAAGUCAAAGGGUGUUUCGCGGCAAAAAUGGAUCAAGUUGAUCAAGAUUAUAGCUAUAAUGGGGAGGAAGACACUUUAGGAGGCGGUAGUGAUCACGAGUUCAUGAGACCGGCGAAAUCAUGUACCACGUACCAAUUCGAACGUGGUGGAUCAAGUUCACCCUUAACAAAUAUGUCCAAGAGGCCUAAAUCUAAAUCACAUGAAUGUUCAAUUUGUCAUAGAGUCUUUUCUUCAGGACAAGCACUAGGAGGUCACAAAAGAUGUCAUUGGAUUACCUCUAAUGCUCCGGACACUUCAACUCUAACAAGAUUUCAAGAACUUCAAAUCGAGCAAGUCCACGAAAGGCCGCCGCCUCCCAUCUUCACUACACAUCAUCAUCAACUCUCAAUCUCCGAGCAAAAGGCAUUGGACCUCAACCUCCCCGCCCCAAACGACCAAGACAUCCUUAAGAUCCAAAGAGACCCUAGGAACUCUUUGAGCUUUCGAGUCCCAACCAACAUCCUCCUACAAUCUUGGGGCAGUGCUAAUGUAGAAAUUAAGCAAGAGAGUAACGUUCAUCACCAAGAUAAGGGACUUAAUUAUGAAAACGAGGUCGAAAAUGAAAGUGAUCACAAGAAGAUCACUAACAAUAUUAGUGUUAUUGAAUCUAAUAUGCCUAAUAAUGCAGAUGAUGAGGCAGAUAGUAAGGUGAAGUUAGCAAAAUUAUGUGAACAAGAUAAUAUGAGCACUAAUAAUGGUAGCUCUUCUCCUUGGUUACAAGUAGGGAUUGGUCCAAGUAAUGCAGUUAAAGCCAGCCCAUAAACUAUAUACUAUAUAUUUAAGUUUCAAAAACACCAUAAAAUUCAUAGAAAAGAAAAAAAAAGGGAAAAAAUAUGUUUAGGUAUAUUAUCUUGAAAUUGAUACACUGUAAUUAAUUUAUAUAUACUCAUCAACAUCAU